AUGAAGUCAAUGAAACCUUCAAAUCUCCAAAUCUGGAAGCUGAGAGACGUAGAAGAGAGGAGCUACAUGGUCGUCUUAUGGCUCUUGACCAAAGCGAGUAUUGUUGAAGACGCAAUUACUUACAUAAGAGAGCUUCAAAAGGAAGUUGUUAAUCUUACAGAGAAGCUUCAUGAAAUGGAAGAAGCUCCUCUUGAGCUUCAUGAACAACAAAUGGAUCAAAUUAUAAAAUCUGAGCAUGAAACUAUUGAUUUAAAAGAGGAGAUGAAGAAACUCGGGAUCGAGAUAGAUCAGGGACUAUGUGACGGGGACUCUGUUGAUCUCGAACAGAUCAAGGAAUUUCUGUUGGAAGUCAUGAGAAACAAUGCAUGA